AUGGAUAACAGUAAGAGAUAUAAAAAUGGGGCGGCCGUUGAGGAUUCUGGUGAUGCGCUGGAAGGAGGGACAAGCGAAUCCAGCUCUAUUUCGGAGACGUUUUCAGAUGAUGAAAUUUCUUACGAAGUGGCAAGCCUUUCCCCAUCGAACUUUUCAGAUGUAUCCACUAUUACGGAACAGUCGAGAAUAUUUCCAUCUUCCGAAGAAUUUCUUUCUUUAUCUGCUUGCUCCAAGGUCUUAAUCAGUGGAGACAUCAUUUUCUCCUUCUGUGGAUUUUUUCAGCUAUCUAAAGUGCUUGAGAUUGCAGAGAAAAAGCUUAAAAAGGCCCUGAAUACCCUAGUCUCGUCACUAGAAAACAAGGAGGCUAAGAAAGAUGAGACCUAUGUCUUUUACACAGAAAGAGCUGCCAACAUUCCCUUAGAGAUGGUUCUUGAUCUAUACAAAAGCCUUUCAUUUGCAGACUUCAAGUACAUAAUAUUUAUUUCAAGAGUUAAGGUGUGUGGAAAGAUGGAGGCAAAGGAUCUUAUGGAAGACUUCAAGGAAUACGAUCCAUCAGACUUGAGCCACAUGCCUGUGAGAGGAGAGGAGGUCCUGCUACUGUCAUCUUAUAUUUCCAAGAAGCAGAUCGUGGUUAACGGAAACACAUUCAGACUGUUUUUAGUUGAUAACCAGAUGUUUGAAUCAUUCAUAAACCUUUUUUCAAAGGAACUCUCUGAAAGUACAUAG